AGAAGAAGUUCAUAAUUUGUUUUAAUAAAUUUAUCGGAGUAGGCAUUACAAAGGUAUUACUCAGAGUAGGCAAUGAAUAAGAUUUUGAUAUAAUAAAUUAGUCUUGUGAGAUAUUUCAACUCCAACGGACGUGUUUUAAAAAUGUUUUACGAAAGCGACCAGACUUCGGUGGACUUUGAUUCACCCGUUAGACGUCCCCCUGAUCCAUCUAAGCACCGUACUCCUCGAGGACCCGUCCCCGAUUGUCCGUCCGAUUCCGGCAGCGCAAGCCCUUCUGCCAGCCCGUCAAGAUAUCGUGCAUCCCGUCGUCCCGUUCCCGGCAGCCCGUCCGAUUCUGGCAGCCCAAGCCCUUCCGUCAGCCCGUCCAGGUAUCGUUCUUCCCGCUCCGUUCCUGAUCACCCACUCGAUUCUGGCACUCCAUCCGUCCAAGGCCCUGUCAGUCCAUCAAGAGAUCGCUCCUCCCAUCGUCCCGUUGCUGAAUACCCUCCCUCAACGCGUCGCCGAUUGGUUCGGCGUACUUCAUCGAUUCGGAAGCCCGGAUCGAAUAAGCGCGGUUUGUCCCGAAACUGCGGCUCCACGGUUCACUACAAUGGCGCAAAAGCUCCCAAAAAAAUGGUGAGGAUAUCAAUGAAAAAGCGCAUGAGAAAGUUAGAAGCCGCAUUAAAGACACAACGAAAGAUUAGUGUAGCUCUCGCGACCAAACUUAACAGUUCAAAAUCGGCAAAGAAGGUUGGACGUUGUUCAAACGUGUCCAAUUCAGACGAAUUCAUUGAUAUAAUGCAUUCUACUGCGAAUGAAAUUGCAAAUUCGAGAGACCAAGGAGAAUCCUCUUUAUAUAGUUGCAUGAACAACAUGUCGAUUGCCUCGCUGAACGUUCCCGAGUGCAAAUCUUCCGACGGUGAGGAUGAUAUCGACAAGAAGACAUUCCAAAAAUGGAAAGAUUUGCUAGAAACUUCCAUGCAACUUGUGGGGAUAUCGGACGAACUCACCAAAAUGAGAAUUUUCAGAAUCAAAGCUGGCUCAAAGCUUCUCGAUAUACUUGAUAGCACAACAUCUACUCCAGAAAAUCCGAAUGCAGAAAGUCAUCCAUAUUCUAAUGCAAUAGCCAGGCUAACCAAUUCGUUUGGGUCACGUGAUCAUUGUUUGAUGCAGCGUCAAAAACUACGAUCAAUCUCUCAGAAUGCGGGUGAAACGGAUUUGAAAUUCGUUAAACGCGUAGUGGCUGCCGCCAAAUUAUGCGAUUUUGGAGACGAACAGUUACUGGAAAACGUUGCUUUCGUAAUUCAAUCUCACGCAGAUAAUUUCAAAGUGCGUGAGGCAAGUCGAAAAGUUUUGAGAAAAGGAGGAUCAUUAGCCGCUCUUCUGGAAAAGGUACAGGCAUUUGAGAUGGAGAAAUUCAAUGAAGAAAUAUACUUCAAGAAUCGUAAGAAAUCGGUUGAUUCGGAGAUCGCAGCAGUUUCGUAUGAGCACUCUACCGAAAAUGGCUCUCAGAUCAUAAAAUCUGAUAGCAGCCGCAAUGGGUAUUUUAUUUCAUUUUUCUUUAUUUUUACGAAACAUUGACAUUUAUUACUUAUUUGAAUUAUAGUAAACCUUUCAUUCGUAAGUGGAGAGUUCCCCAAGAUCAAGGAAACAAAUUUCGUCAAGACUUUCGAAUACAAUAUCGUAAGCCUUGCUGGAGAUGUACAAGUACUCGGCACUUAGCAUCUGAAUGCCAUGCUAUCGACAAAUCAUGCAGGAAAUGCCUCCGUAAGGGACAUUUGGAGCGUGCGUGUCGUACAGCUCCUUCACAAGAAUUCAUGAAACGGAAAAAUGAUGAUCAUGUACAAGGACCACCUCCAAAAGUACGUCGAGUCGCUGCUGUUUCUAAGGAAGAAGAAAAUGUCGAUGAAACGGC